AUGCUUCCGAGUCCGUCGUCCGUGGCGUUGCUGCAGACGACGUACAUGUCGGUGCUGGACAAGACAGCGGACAGCGAGGCCAAGGUCCGCUGGUGCAUGGCGGUGGGGUUAUUGCCAACCUCACAGCUGUGUACAAAGUGCCACCAAGACUUGCGUCUUGACAUCGGGCGCAAGCGGUGGCGCUGUGGUCGCACCAAGUGUCGCACCGAGCGCAGUCUGAUCAAAGACACGUUCUUCAGCAAGUGCAAGCUGCCACUGCGCAAGGGUGUACGCUUGCUGCGCUUUUCGUGCUCGAGGACGCCCGUCGGGUGA